UGUGUCGUCGCAGGGCUUCGCCUGAUACUAUUUUAAUCAACUUUGGUUUAUGCCGAGAAUUAUUUUAACAAGUCAUUGAAAAUUUUGCACAGUUCGAAGAAAAUAAAUUUGUUUUGUUAGUAAAUAUAAAUCAAAAAUGGAAACUUUAUUGCAAGAAAAGGAGGAGACAUUUGACUUUAAAUUGAAAGAUGCCCACAGUUCACUGGAUGAAUUGGAUGUUGAUGACUUGUAUGUUCGCUACAAGAAAUUACAAAAAACGCUAGAGUUCCUGGAAGUUCAAGAAGAAUAUAUCAAGGAUGAACAACGAAAUCUGAAAAAAGAAUAUCUUCAUGCUCAAGAGGAAGUGAAACGCAUUCAAUCGGUACCUCUUGUAAUUGGUCAAUUUUUGGAAGCUGUUGACCAAAAUACUGGUAUUGUUGGUUCCACUACUGGUUCGAAUUACUAUGUUCGCAUUUUGUCAACCAUUGAUCGUGAAUUAUUGAAACCAUCUGCCUCUGUUGCUCUACAUAAGCAUAGUAAUGCAUUAGUUGAUGUACUUCCACCAGAGGCUGAUAGUUCGAUCUCAAUGUUGCAGCCGGAUGAAAAACCAGAUGUUAGUUAUGCAGAUAUUGGUGGUAUGGAUAUGCAAAAACAAGAAAUAAGAGAAGCUGUCGAGUUGCCUUUGACACACUUUGAAUUAUAUAAACAAAUUGGUAUUGAUCCUCCCCGUGGUGUUCUUAUGUACGGACCUCCAGGCUGUGGCAAAACUAUGUUGGCUAAAGCUGUGGCCCAUCACACAACAGCAUCUUUUAUUAGAGUUGUUGGUUCAGAGUUUGUUCAAAAAUACCUUGGUGAAGGUCCACGCAUGGUCCGUGAUGUAUUUCGUUUAGCAAAAGAAAAUGCACCAGCAAUAAUUUUUAUAGAUGAAAUUGAUGCUAUUGCUACAAAACGUUUCGAUGCUCAGACUGGUGCCGAUCGCGAAGUACAGCGUAUUCUCUUGGAACUACUAAAUCAAAUGGAUGGCUUUGAUCAAACAACUAAUGUUAAAGUCAUUAUGGCAACAAAUCGCGCAGACACCUUGGAUCCGGCUCUACUUCGUCCUGGUCGUUUGGACAGAAAAAUAGAGUUCCCAUUGCCCGAUAGACGUCAAAAACGUCUAGUGUUUUCGACAAUCACUUCCAAGAUGAACUUGAGUGAGGAUGUUGAUUUGGAAGAAUUCGUUGCUAGACCUGAUAAGAUAUCGGGUGCUGAUAUUAAUGCUAUAUGCCAGGAAGCUGGUAUGCAUGCGGUUCGAGAAAAUCGUUACAUUGUCUUAUCGAAGGACUUUGAAAAAGGUUAUAAAAAUAACAUCAAGAAGGAUGAACAAGAACACGAAUUCUACAAAUAAACGUUUUAUAUAUAUUUAUUUGUAUUUGUAACUAUUAAAAUAAUAAAAUAUAAGCAAUUGUAUAUCAAUUUGCAACAUAAAAUGUAAUGUAAA